AUGUCAAAUUCAAGCACCAACUCCAACCUGGGGGAAAACAUAAUAAGAGCCAUAACUGAAAAGUUAUCGACCGAAAAACCAGAUACUGAUGCACAGAAAGCAGCUGUUAAAGCUUUUAAUGGUAAGGUUAAAGCUUUUAACGUUGAUCUGUUAGCUACAUCUGGUGAUAUAACAAUGACAUGGACGUCCCCAAUGUACUCAAAGCUUUACUCCAACGAUUCGUCCAUAAAUCCUCUUUCUAGACCUAUAACCUCAGAAGAAGAUGCAUAUAUAGCGUCUUUAAUAAAUAUUGGUGCUAUGGUUGGUGGAAUUCCUUUCAGUUUUAUUUCGGAUCGUUUCGGAAUCGUUCAUAUAAUCUCCUACCUAUCGAUGGCGUUCGCUACAACCGUAGACAUCUUCUACUUCGGCAGAGCAUUCGGAGGUCUAGCAGUUGGUGCUGGUUACACCCUACUCCCGAUUUACAUAGCGGAGGUAGCAGAAGAAGAAGACAGAGGAUUAUACUCUAUGACCCUGACUAUAUUUUGGGCGUUAGGUAAUUUCAUGCCAUAUCUAGUAGGACCAUUCUUGAGUGGGAGAAUGUUCAAUUUAUUUAACGCAGUUUUUCCUAUCGCCUUCUUCAUUUCGUUCCUCUUUCUUGGAACUGAGACUCCGUUUUACUUGGUGGGAGCCGAUAAAAUGGAAGAAGCUGAAAAAGUGUUAAUGGUACUACGAUCUCAAGAUGAAAAAGGUGUCCAAAAUGAAUUAAAUCACAUUAAAGAUACUCUGAAACAAGAAGAGGAGACGCCACCAAGUUUCAAGAAUAUCUUUAUUAAUCCUGGCAUUAGAAAAGCCUUUAUUAUUUCUAUAGCGUUAUUGUCAUUCCAGCAAUUUUCUGGUUGGAAUGCUAUAACUUUUUAUUUGCAGCCAAUUUUCGAAUCUUCUGGAACUAUCCUGCCUUCGCAUAUAUCUUCCAUGAUCAUUGGUGUUUCUAUUAUGAUCUUCAGUCUACCAGCUCCGUACUUUGCUGAUAAAUUUGGAAGGAAGACACUUUUAAUAUGUUCUUCGACUUUAAUGGCAAUUUGUCUAUUUAUCUUAGGUACAUUCUUCUACUUUGAGAACAGAACCAGUUUUAAUAUCGAGCCAAUAGCUUGGAUACCCAUAACGAGUCUUCUUAUAAUGGUAUUUGCUUUCGAAAACGGUAUGGCAUGUGUACCAUGGACAGUCUCUUCGGAACUUUUUCCGAAAAAUUUCAAAAAAAUGUCAGCUUCAACGACAUCAGCCGCAUGUUGGAUUACCUCCUUUUUGAUGACACAAUUUUUUAAUGAUAUGACCGACGUUUUCGGUAAAGAUGGAACGUUUUUGUUCUAUGGGAUGUUCAGUUUGGGUUGUGGCGUUUUUACUUGGUUUUAUAUACCGGAAACCAGAGGAAAAACUUUUAAAGAAAUUCAACAGUUGUUGCAGAAGUAAGAUAAGUUUUCGAUGUUUUGGAAACUGUUAAGAUUUGAAGUUCAUCCAGAGAAUGAUGGAUUAAAAUGUGAUCUCACAAUGCGAUUUUUAUUGAUCAAUUUCAAUCGACAAACGGCAGUUAUUCAGCUUAUUUAUUAACUAUUUUGAAAACAAGUUAUGAUGUUUCAAAUUGUAGUGUGAGAAC